AUGGAAGCGACUCAAGAAUCCACCCAGCCAUGUACGGACCCACGCCGCAUGGGCUACAACAACUCUGGUCUCCAUGAGCAGGACGUGGCGGACAUAAUAUGUAUCUUACAUCCUAGUUCGCCUGCUGCCCACCAUGCGGUGGCCGCCUCUGCCAGUUCUGCGCCCCAGCAUAUCCUUCAGCGAGAUGAGCUCGUGUACGAAACUUCAGCAGCCUUGGACAUUGGGCUUAGGCUGUCAUCGAAAGUGCACGAUUUGAACACUGGAUUUUGCUUCGGACGCAACAGAACUCGUUGCGAUCUUCUCCUUGCCCGUGACCAGAAUUCAAAACGCAUCUCAAAUCAGCACUUCCGUAUCUACCUCACCGAAGACGGAAUCAUUAUGCUCGAGGACAUUUCCACCAAUGGCACCAUUGUAGACAACUGCCGUCUUCGCAAGAGCCAGAGAGAGAAUAGUCGAAUGCUGACCAACGGCUCUGUCAUUCAAGUGAUGAAUGGCGACCAAACCUCAGAUGAAGUUAGGUUCGUCGUCCGCAUUCCAAAUCGAGAGGGGUUCUCUAUGCAAUAUACGGAGAAUUUGCUACGUUAUUUUGAGCGGAUACAGAAACACCGGGCAGGAACUACGCAGGUCAAGUCACGUCAAACCUCGGCACAGCCUGUUUUGCAAUGGACGGUUUCUAAUACCUUCGGGAUGCACUGGACAGGCGGGCCGAUGUACAAUGUCACCGGCCAGAUAGGGAAAGGAGCCUUUGCAACGGUGUAUAAACUUGCCACAAAGCAGCAUGGGGCCGUGUAUGCAGCGAAGGAGCUUGACAAGCGACGUUUCAUGAAGAACGGAAUCUUGGACCAGAAAGUGGAUAAUGAAAUGAAGAUUAUGAAGGACCUCAAGCAUCCUAAUAUUGUUCAGUAUAUUGACCAUCACGAGCAUGAUCGAUGGAUCUACAUCAUUAUGGAGUACGUCCCCGGUGGUGAGCUGUCGACGUACCUGCAAUCCAUUGGCAAGAUUCCCGAAGACAUGGUCAAAACCAUUUCCCGCCAGGUCUUGCAUGCGCUACAGUAUCUCCAUAAACGGAAGAUCACUCAUCGAGACAUCAAGCCGGACAACAUCCUCAUUUCCUCGCUCGAUCCACUAAGAGUUAAGCUGUCGGACUUUGGGCUGUCCAAAGUAGUGCAGGAAGAGACCUUCCUCAAGACCUUCUGUGGCACAUUGCUUUACUGCGCCCCUGAAGUUUACCCAGAGUACGAUUCCUAUCGUCACGGUGAGGUCAGGAAAAGGCGACGAUUAGGUGAUCCACCCCCAAAAACUUCUCCGUACAGCCAAACCGUCGACAUGUGGUCCCUUGGCGCGGUCCUCUACCACAUCCUUGCUGGCGUUCCUCCAUUUAUGGGCCGUGGCGAUGACAGAGGAGCUCAGAUGCUACGAACGAUCAUGACCACCGAUCCCGAUGUUGAUAUCCUGCGUAACGAAGGCGUGUCAGAAGAAGGUAUUGAUUUUGUCACCCGACUUUUAAACCGCGAUCCUCAGGCCCGUCCGACAGAACGUGAAUGCUUUCAGCAUCCAUGGAUUGCUGAGGUUAAAGAUGUGGAUGAGUAUGAUGAUGACGAACUCUAUGCCAAUGUCCGGGGUGACCUUUCGGACAUCGGUGAGGAUGCGGAAGAGGAAUUGGAUGCAUCUCAGCUUUCAAUCCACGACGAAUCAGAACCCAAAGACCCGGGUGAGCAAGAGGAUAGCGAUUUGGCGCAAUCCAAGCGGCCGAGGAUUGAUUGCCCACCCACGGACGUUCGUUACCCAUCUCUGCCUCAUAUUGAAAGUUUCAAAGAAGUCCAGGUUGCUGCUGAUACAACACCAAAACGCCUCUUCGGUGAAAUCACCCCGUCUGUGUUAGGAAGCUCGGAUGUGCUGGGAACUAAUACAAAUGCGUUUGAAGGAGACAACUUCAGCAUAAAUGACUUCAUUUCUUCAACCGGUGAGUCGAUGGUCAGCGACGGCAACAGCCUUAACUCCAUCAUUUCCCUUCCGGAGGCCCUAUUUCUGAACAUGAAUUCGUGGCACCCUGGCACAUCAACCAACCGUCCGCCAGUCGUCGAGAUACCGGUACGGCAAAUUGGAGCGAAGGGGGAGGACUCUGCAGAGAAAAAGGAGGCGAAGACAAGGCAGCUAACCAGCCCUGGUAACGAAACCCCUAAACCGGCCAUCUUCAGCCGACGGAUUGAAUUACCCAUGCCUGAUACCGCCAGUGAACGCUCGAGCCCCGAGAGUAUCGCGCAACAUGCCAAGGACGAACGCCACGAAACCAAAUCUAUCCCAGGAGAGAUUUUCGACAUCGAGCUGGCAAAUACCAUUGAUGCUAAGACCGGGCAGCCAAUUUUAGACUAUCCAGAAAGAACGGGUGGUGAUGCUCCAGCCGAUCCCGCGCCUACUAUGAAUCCCAAAAUUGUGCUCCAGCCAAGUAAACCUCCGACUCUCCUGGGCAAGUUGACGACGCUUCCUGGGUCGAUUUUCGAAUUGACGAUCCCUUUGGAAGAUCGUAUGACAUCGUGGGGCCGGGGUCCUCAAGCGACUGUCUGCUACCCAGAUCCUAUGGACACGAGAAUCCCAGCAUACGCGUUGGAGGUCACCUUUUGGGCCCCCGCCAUUGAGUCCAAGAUAAGGGCGGGGCUGGAUUGGCUGUCUGUACCUGGUGUGAUGGCAAUACUCUCAACUAAGACUCGCAAGUGCAUUUGGGUGAACGAUACGGAGCUGCGUCGAGGGCCGGAGGGGGAUACCAGUCGGGAAGGGUUUCAUUUUGGCAAGAUAUACACGGGGGAUAUUAUCACGAUCUAUCAACAUCGCCACAAAUUUCUAAAGUUUCGGUGGUUCACCGUGCGCAAGGUCCUGGUGCCCAAGGACGCGGUUGCGAACCAGAUUCCUGCGCGGAAGGACCGCAAUGAAAAAAGUAAUGGAGGAUUUGUUUAA